AUGCACAUCAAGCAGGUGAGCGUGUGCGGCUUCCGCAGCUACAAGGACCAAGUGGCCGUCGAGCCGUUCAGCAAGCAGCACAACGUCGUCAUUGGACGCAAUGGCACGGGGAAGUCCAAUUUCUUCGACGCCAUUCGCUUUGGACUGCUCACGUCUCGCUUUGCGAACCUCCGUCCGGACGAACGCCAGGCGCUUCUGCACGAAGGCGCGGGCAAGCACGUCAUGUCGGCGUACGUGGAGAUCGUGUUCGACAAUCGCGAUGGGCGUCUGCCCGUGGACGACGACGAAGUCGCGCUGAGGCGCACGAUCGGCGUGAAGAAGGACGAGUUCUUUUUGAACCGCAAGCACAUUACGAAGACUGACGUGGUCCACUUGCUGGAAAGCGCGGGCUUCUCGCGGUCGAAUCCCUACUACAUUGUGCAGCAAGGCAAGGUCAAUGCGCUUGCGGUCAUGCGGGAGCAGGAGAGACUCGAGCUGCUCAAGGAAGUGGCGGGCACGAAAGUAUACGAGGACCAGCGGAUCAAGUCGCUCAAGAUCUUACAAGAGACGCAGGCGCAGCGAGAUAAGAUCCAAGAGGUGGUCUUGUACAUUGAAGAGAGACUGUCGGAGCUAGACGAGGAGAAGGAAGAGCUCAAGGAGUACCAGCAGCUGGACAGAGAACAUCGUGCUCUCGAGUACACGAUGCACGAAAAGGAACUGCAAAGCGUGCGGACGGAGAUCGAAGUACUUGACACUGAGCGACAAAAAGAGAGUGCGUUGUCCACGGAGCUGCAUGAGAAGCUCAUGCACGUUCGAGCUGGGAUCAGUCGGAUCGAAAGUGAUCAGCGUGCGAAAAAUCAACAUCUUGCCCAGCUCGUGGACGAACGGGAGAAGAGAGAGAAUGAACGGGGGGAACUGACGAAAGCUAAGUGUAAGCUAGAAAUGGAGCUAAACGAGCUUAAAGAGCAGAUUAGCACUGACGGCGUGCAGCGCUGCGCUGCGUCGAAGGAAGUCGCAGUCGUGAAACGCGAGAUUCAAGCGAAACAAGCACUGCUCAAUGGUGAAAUUCUACCUGCACUUCGACAAGCAGAGUUAGCUCACGACCAAGUGGCACGGAAACUUGAGGAGUGCAAAGUACAGUCCAAGCACUUAAUUGCCAAGCAGAGUCGGAAGAGUCAGUUUCGUACUCAGCAACAGCGUGAUGACUAUCUUCAGCGCGAGAUCAGUGAUAUUGAGGGCUUGGUGCGCAGAAAAAAGUCCGAUACAGCGUCGUUACGAAGCUCCAUUGAGGAGUUGGCGCAGUCUAUUGAGGGAUCUGAAAGAACGCUUCAGCAACAGACAGAAGAGCUGCGUGAGCACCGUCGUCGAGUGGAUACUGUCGGAACAGAAAUGCUCCGUCUGAAAGAGCAACGCAACAUCCUGAAUGAAGAACGCAAGGAAAAGUGGCGUGAGGAAAACCAGAUAUCGUAUCGCGAACGCGAGCUCGAGAAGAAGUUGAGCGAUGGAGAAGCUGCGUUGCAGAGUACAAUGGCGUAUGGCGUUCGCCGUGGUCUGCAAGCAGUGCGUGAGAUGCAAGAUCGUAUUCGAGGGAUUUAUGGACCUCUGAUCGACCUCGUGAAACCUGUCGAUGAACGAUAUUGUAUCGCUGCAGAUGAGGCUGCUGGCGGCGCUCUUUUUCACGUCGUUGUGGAUACGGAUGACACAGCUGCGCGCAUCAUGCAAGACUUGGACAAGAAGAACCUUGGGCGGCUUACUUUUCUUCCUCUCAACCGCUUAAAAGUGAAGGAUCACUUCGACUACCCUCGCAAUGAUGAUGUUGUUGCACUAGUCGAGAAGCUGGAAUAUCCAGCAGAGGUGCGCAAGGGUGUUAUGGCUACUUUCGGCAAGAAGUUGCUUUGCCGAGACUUGGAAGCGUGCGGCCGGUAUGCAGAGCAGACAAACAUGGACUGCUUGACCUUGGACGGCGAUAUGGUUCACCGCCGUGGUGCCCUGAACGGUGGCUUCAAGGAUCCCCGACGAUCUCGCACACGAGCAAUGAUGGAAGUGAAGCAGGCACAAUUGGAACUUGAGAGCGUGGCAGAAAGAGCUCGAAGGGUAAAGGCGGAGGCUCAGCAAGCAGAUCAACGAGUUACUGGUGUGAUUAGUGAGAUCCAAAAGCUAGAGGCGGAAAAGCACCGUGUCGUGUCCGCCCACGAGCGCUUGUGUAGCGAAAUAUCUCAGCGGAAGAGUCAUAUUCGCAUCCAGAAAGAAAACCUUGCGCAGAGAGAGCAAAGCAGCGAGUUGCAGGAGCGAGAGAUCGGGUAUCUGCAUUCGAUGAUCGAGUCGCUCCACGCAGAGCUUCUUGCUCCGAUGCAAGACGCUUUGACAGCUGACGAACAACAGUCGCUGCACUCGUUGUUGUCCACGAUUUCGUCGCUAGAGACAGAAGAGCGGGAACGAAGUCAGCGAGUGGCAGACAUACGCUCUCAGAAAGAAGGUAUAAAGACGGUUUUGGAAGAGAACUUGAUGAAGCGUGAAACGGAGUUGGCGAAACAGCUCGGUGAGGGAAUUGAAGAGCUGGUGGUCAGUGAGCGGGGGGAAAAGGUGAAGGCCAAGCAGAUUGACUUGAUUGACGCUUCUCAUUUAGUCGACGACAACACGUCAUCGCUGAAGAAUCUCGAGAAGAACAUCGAGACGUUGCAGCAAGAAAUCGCGAACGAAAAAGUGCAGGUGGAUGCGCUACACAAAGAGGACGAACGUGAUGAUGCGAUCCGAGAUAUCCGGGAGCUAGGAACUUUGCCGAUUGCUGAGCUCGAGAAGUUCAAGGUGUUGUCAUAUGAGGACGUGAUCAAGCAGUUUAAGCGCCGAAGCGAGAAGCUGAAGAAGUACAGCCACGUGAACAAAAAGGCGCUGGAUCAGUUCAUGAACUUCAACGAACAGCGUGCGACGCUUUUGGAUCGAAAAAAGGAGAUCGACGAUGCGUAUGAUUCGAUAAAGGACCUGAUCGAUGUCUUGGACAAGCGAAAGGAUGAAGCUAUAUUCCGCACCUUCAAAGGAGUAGCAGGCUUUUUUUCGGAAGUGUUUCGUGAGCUGGUGCCAACGGGAGAAGGCAAGAUGAUUCUAGUUGGUGCGGACACUGGCCAGACCGAUCAGGUUGACCAUGGCGAUGCGUCACGGGGACCGAACGUCGACACGUACUCUGGCGUGCAGGUCAAAGUAAAUUUUCGCGGCGAGGGAGACUCUUACUUGAUGCAGCAGCUCUCCGGUGGCCAAAAGGCGUUGGUGGCCCUUGCCUUUAUCUUCGCGAUUCAACGCGUCGACCCAGCUCCAUUCUACUUGUUUGAUGAGAUCGACCAGGCGCUGGACUCCACUCACCGAGCUGCGGUUGCGGCUUUGAUUCACCGCCAAGCACACUCGAAGGAUAGCCCGGCUCAGUUCAUCACGUCGACAUUUCGCCCAGAGCUGGUGAAUAUUGCCGACUCGUUCUAUGGUAUCGGCUACCAGAACAAAAUCAGCAAUGUCUACUCGAUGACGAAAGAGGAGUCUCUCGGUUUUAUCUCGAACAUCAUGGCUGAGGAAGAGGGCGCAGUAGGGCCGCAAGCGUAA